CGUGAAGCCGCGCGUUCAGUCUAUCUUGGUUGCACACUGCCUGAUGUCAGCUACGUCAGCGUGAAGCAAGAUCUGUGUCAGUGAAGCAAAGAUAAAGGGAUGGCUGCCAUCGAGGCGUUCGCCUUCGACACGCAUUACUUCUUCCUCACCUUCCUGGUGACGUGUGCCGUCCAGUACACGUGCUUCGCAAUCGCAUACGGGCUGCAAUUGUAAGGGGUUACAGGGAAGAAAAAAGAGAGAAGGGCCAUCAGUCAUCGUAUAGCUGUCUGUGCCAUGGGUCUGAUGUGUGUGCGUGUGUCGGAGCAGCGACAAGAUCACGGAUCUGUCGGGGGCGUCCAAUUUCGUCAUCAAUAUCAUCAUCCCUCUCAUCCUUGCCAACACAUACUUCGAGCGCCAGGUGCUGGUGACGGUGUUCAUAGUCGUGACGCGGCUAUACCUGGCGGGUUUCCUCUUCUACAGGGUCCUGCAACGCAAAUCGGACACCAGGUGAGGUGCCGACAGACAGAGGGGCGGGAGGGCGAGCGGGCAUCUGUGUGGGGAUGGAGGGGCAUAGAUUCACCCGGUUGUGUGUGCUGACGGUGGACGGUGCUCGUUCAGGUUUGACACCUUUCGGUCUAAUUUCUUGUACUACUUCGGCUUCUGGACAGGGCAGAUACUCUGGUGAGCAUCACAGAUGUCAUGACGGACCUCCACAAACCUGGAUGGAUGGAUGGAUGGUUCCUUCUGUCUGCGUGCAGGUGUUGGGGCAGCACACUGAAUGGCAUCUUUGUCGUGUCUGAGAAGGAGAACCCAUCACUGGGCCCGACCGACUUCAUCGGCAUCGUCCUCUUCGCCCUUGGGUUCAUCUGCCAGGUGGUGUCGGACGUGCAGAAGUACAUCUUUCGCGCCAACCCUGCCAACAGGGGCAUCCCAUGCACAACCGGCCUGUGGGCCUACUCGAGACACCCGGUGAGCAGGGAAAGAAAACAGACAGACAGACAGAUGGGGGGAAUGGGAUCCACCCUGUGUGUGUGUGCAUCAGAACUACUUCGGCGAGAUGGUGAUCUGGUGGGCGAUCUUUCUGAUGUCAGCAAGGGCGAUACACGAGUCAACGGUACACAUACAUCAUGACACACACACCGCCGCGGCAAGCGGCCAACGAGGCCUUGCUCCCGCUCUCUCUCUCUCUCUGCACCGAUCGAUCCAUCCAUCCAUCAGGAUACCUGGGGGUGGGCGACGGUGGUGAGCCCGAUAUGGACCAUGAUCCUGCUGCUGUUCCUGAGCGGCAUUCCCUACGCCGAAGGGGCCAACCUGAAGCGCUACUUUGAGAACCCCACCAGCAGGCCCAUGAUAGAGGCCUACCAGAGGGACGUCUCGCCCGUCAUCCCAAUGCCACAGGUUGUGUACAGGAAUCUGCCCAUGAUCGUCAAACAGGUCAGUGAUGUGGGUGGAUGGAUGGAGUGGCCGAUGCAGUUGUCGCCUCCUCACCAAUGAAUGUGUGUGUGUGUGUGUGUGUGUGUGCAGGUGUUCUUGUUUGAGUUCCCAAUGUACGAGUACCAUUACGUUCCCCCCGACAGCACCGCCGCCCAGGCUGCUGCAGCUAACGGGUCGGGCAAAACUGAUCAACAGCCAGACCAAGCCUAGCCCAGUCACACACACGUACGGACACGCAAAACAGGCCUGGCGCAUCUGAGUGAUAUACCUGUGCCCUUGUGUGUGUGAGUGCAGGGGUGCCGGCAACCCAAUAGAGCUCAGCAACACCUCGGCCGAGAGGGAAGCCCUCAUACAGGCGUGAAGGUGGCCCUUGUGCAGCUGCCAGUGUGUGUGUGGGUGUGUGUGUGUGUGUGUUGCGGGGGAGGGGGGAGGGUGGAUAAGUCAGUCAGGUCGGGUGUCUGUCUGUCCCUUUGUUUCUUUUUUUCCUUCUUGAUAUUGUCACUCAGCUAGCUCCCUCAGCUAUUUGUUCGUCGGCUCUCGUGUGCUCGUUUGUUCAGGCAGGCCUGGCGUGUGUGUAGUGUAGUCAGUACCUUUCUAAAGAGACGUUGCUGUGUACAUAGUCUCUGUGAGAGAGGCAGAAGGACCGCCGUAACCUCGAUAAGGCAAACUUGCAACGGCGAACACGGGUUGGGUUCAUGCAGUGGUCUGUCGAUCUGCCGCCAACAUAUGCAUAUAUAGACCAGCAUCCGUCCCCACACACACAAAGCUGGCUGGCUGAGUCCCCCUCCUCCUUGAAUCCUGUCUCUGAAAGCUCAACCAGUCAUUCUACUCUGCCAUCUAUCUACUAUGUGCUGUCUGCUGGUCUCAUGUGAUCUUUCUUUAGCGAUUCACGCAGCGCAGACACAAAUAUUAUAUUGCGUGAAGCGUCUGUCAGCGAUGACACACAGACACUCAGGGAGUCACGUGUCAAUCAUGACACAGCAC